UCACGAGAGUUGCCGACUAUCCACGAGUAGAGCCGAGUGAUGAGGAUCAGCUGACUCCGGGGCUCAGUCGUCCUUCGAUGGAUCAUUUCUCAGUUUGUUGAAUCUAAAAUAAAGUUAUCCGAUAAAUCGAUCAAAGCGUCCACAGGUAUGCCGUCGCUUUUGUUCUGUGGGCCGAAGAUGGCCGCGUGCGGGAUCGUGAUCAGCAUCUGGGGAGUCAUUAUGCUGGCGAUGCUGGGGAUCUUCUUCAGUGCAAAGUCGGCCGUGCUGAUCGAGGAUGUCCCAUUCACAGAGGAGGACAUUCGUGGAGAUAAAAAUCCUCCUCAGAACAUCUACAGCCUCUACAACCAGGUCGGCAUCAACUGCUUCAUCGCCGCUGCCAUCUACGUGGCGGUGGGUGCCGUGUCGCUCUGCCAGGUGCGGCUCAACAAACGGCAAGAGUACAUGGUCACAUAGACGUCUUCAGCCGUGACCCCUGACGGCUUCAGCAACUGGAGGUCACCUGUCCUGUUACAGUGUCACACUUUUUCCUUGCAGAGGACCAAUCAGCAGCUGGAGAUUUUAAACAAUGUGGUCGGGGGGAGGGGGAGGAGGGGUGAGCGGCACCUAGAUUAUUUAUUUUGAAGUGUAAACAUUCAAUGUGUUUGUUGUUUGUUGUUGUUGUUGUUGUUGUUGUUGUUGUUGGAUGAAAUGUGACAUUCCUUUGAGCAGGUUAUCCAUGAAAAGAACAGAGUGUUAAUCUCUGCCUGCUUGUUACAGUGACUUGACUUCUGAAGUAUAUUUGAAUAAACAGAAAUAAGAAAUAAAUCCAUCCAGUGAAAGUAAACGGCAUGUUUUAUUGAAGUGACCCCUUCAGUCUGUUUUAUCAUUUAACAUGUCUUCAUCUCUUCUCAGUCACAUCUUUAUGUUCUGCUGAAACAAACAUUACAGGAAGUCAACCUUCAGAACAAAACUCCAGAUAAUAAAGUAAAACCUGUUCAGACUGUUUGUUUUGAUGCUUCUGUGCAUUUCACUGAAAGCUGUUAAAUGUGACGGAAAUGUUACCGUGGAUAACCUUUGCAAUAAAGUGUGUGUGUGAAAACUAAAA